AUGAGAUUAUAAGAAGGGACAAUAGAAAUAAAAAUUGAAUGGUCAUUCUAAUUGUGUCCUUUCAGUAUACCUUUUUCAUGAUGUUAACACAUUAGCAUCUGGUGAUGAUGAAGAACAUAUCCGUUUAUGGGAUAAAAAGACAAGACAAUAAAAAUUGAGAUUGGAUGGCCAUACAAGUUCUGUCAGGCCAGUAUACUACUUUUCUGGUAAUAAAUUAUCAUCAGUUAAUUGGGAUAACUCUAUACAAUUAAGAAAUGUUAAUUUAGGGCAAUAAAUUUAACCGUUGCAUAAUAGUUUUUAAGAUAAACUUGCAUACCUUUUAAGAAAGCUAUAUUUAAUUUUAUUUUAUUAAGAAAUUGGCUUCAAAUUUUGCUUUAGUCAUUUUCUUAAGAAUAUUUAAUUAUGGGCCAAACUUUGGAAUAUAUGUAGUUAAUUUUCUACAUGA